UCCAUCCCGGUUCCCAUUGUCUCCCCCUCUCGCUCCUUGAAGACAAACUAAACUUAGCCCUCGUUUCUCCGCUGCCUGUCUCCGCCUGUGCGUCACAUCCAGAGACUCAGAACCCAGCCUGUCCCCGUGGACACGCUUCUCUGUCUUCGCUUUCUUGUCCAACAUUCUGGAGGGAUGGACCGAAGGAGAGGCGGCGAAUGAACCGAGCGACGGCUGACACAACGGCGGCUGUGUUGCGGAGCUGAUGAGCUGAGAUCGUCCGGAGGAGGAGGACUUAUCACCCCGCUGAGACGCAGAGAUCAGCUUCCAGGGGCUUUUGACUCAACAUCCCAGCAACAAUUUGACCCAUCGUCUCCCAGAGAGAUACUGGAUCGCAGCGGCAGGUUUGGAGGUUAAGAAAGAAAAAAUUGCGCUGGUGCGAAUGAACAGUAGAUGAUCGUGUCUUCAUGACUUCCCAGGAGAGGACAGGAUCUGGUCCUUGAAAGGAGGCAGGGGCCACUUUCACUUGUUUUCCCCACCCUGAGACCAAUGAGGCUCCUUCAAUCCAAGUGAUGCUCAAUCGGAUUACUGGAGAGGAGAUUAUAUAAUCAGGUUAACACAUCCAGUUAAUCUCACCAUCUCUGUCUGUUGUUUUCUGUCUUUCGCUAAGUGGCCUCUGUCCAGGACCGUGUCAAGGAUGCUACUCAUGGAGGUCACCGUCGACCGGACUUUGUAGUCCACUAGGUGAUGCCUGGACAAGUGGAGCCUAUGUGGACAUAACCGAGUCACUGGAACCUUUGUUCGAUGCUGGAGUCCUUCCUAAUCCGAGGCAGUUAUAUUCUAAAUCCACAUUAUCAGAAAUCUGAAUUAAUUAAGUGCUUAAGCCAAUCAGUGGAAUUGCACCACGCCACCUGAUUUAUCUGGCUGCUAGACCCCCUUCAGUUGCAGAGGUUUGGGAAGGGUUUGCCCACAGAGCCCAUCUCUGUAGAUUUGCAGCGUUGAACAAUUUGUGCACUCGAAUCGCCCACCUCCCAUCUUUGAUCACUGACCCCACGGGUGUUGGUAAUCCAGGGGACCACAUUUCAGCCUGUUAACCUGUCAAGCGGCUCCUCUGUUUGAAUGAAGUGGUAGCAUUUGGUUCCCCUGAGCUCCAGCGAGAGUACAGGGGCUGUGCUCUGCUCAGCGCCUCUCACCUGGGCCGCCGGCCAACCAGACAGGGCCCUCCGGGGGCUUGGAGCUCGAACGUCCUGCUGGAGAUUUGGGAGUUACCCAGAGUUUCCUCACCACGUGGGCCACGGGAGAGCAGAAGGAGGCGGACACCAUGGGGUGCUGUAGUGGCAGGUGUACCUUGGCCUUCAUCUGUGGCAUGCAGCUGGUCAGCGUGUUGGAGCGUCAGGUGAUAGACUUCCUGGGCUACCAGUGGGCUCCCAUCCUGACCAACUUCCUCCACAUUAUCGUCGUCAUCCUGGGCCUAUUCGGCACGAUUCAGUUCAGGCCGAGAUAUGUCACUGGGUACGCAGCCUGGCUCGUAGCGUGGAUGACCUGGAAUGUUUUCAUCAUCUGUUUUUACCUGGAGGUUGGGGAUCUGUCCAGAGACUCUGACCUUGUGCUGACUUUUAACCUCUCCAUGCAUCGCUCCUGGUGGAUGGAGAACGGCCCCGGGUGCAGGGUGACUCCCAUCACCCCUCCGCCGUCCUGGGCACCUGAGGACCACCGGUAUAUAUCAAUAGCUGGCUGUCUGAUGGAUUUCCAGUUCAUAGAGGUGGCCCACUCCUCGCUGCAGAUACUCUUGGCUCUGGUGGGGUUCAUCUACGCCUGCUAUGUGGUCAAGCUCAUUUCUGAAGAAGAGGAUAGCUUUGAUUUUAUAGGCGGGUUCGACUCGUACGGUUACCAGGGGCCUCAGAAGACCUCCCACCUCCAGCUACAGCCCAUGUACAUGUCAAAGUAAACCCAGGAUACACUUCAGGAGUGCUGCCUUACCAACCACCACCGCUCAACAUCCUGCUUUUACUACUCCAACUGUUUUUAAGAGUGAAACACACUCCGGGAUACAAUGACACUUAAAUAUCCAACUUACACCCCCCCCCCUCCUCCCCUGUACUAAGGCUUCCCUCAUCUGCCUGCCUGUUGUUUUUAAUUGCAGUUAUGUAUGUUCCUGAUGAUACACUGGCCUCGUGUGGUUGGACGUGGUAACUGUAGGACGAAUGUUUUUUUUCUGUCUCUGGGUGACACAAUGCGGAGCCAAUGACUCGUCUCUCCUCUUCUGCCGUUGGAUAUCUGCGCAACCAAAGGGAUUCAAAGAGGGCACAACUCCCCGGUGACGUGUGUUCCUCAGGCUUCCAGUGAGAACUCGUGGAUUUCUGCCGUCAGAGAAUCGUUAACAUGGAGCCCUGUUCCUUCACACUACUAUUGGGAUAUAUUAGCAGCUCUCAAGUGCAGAUAUGCGUCACCAAAGAGUAAAAAAAACACACAGAGAACCAUCCCUGUGUGCACAAAAGAGCCUGUUUAACCAUCUCUGGAACUCUUUGUGCCUCAUAGAUUAGACACUGCAGGACUUCAACUCCACUGGCCGAGCACCUCCGUCAAAAGAUCGACCGAUCAAGGAAUGUCAGACUUCAUUUUUCUAUGAUUACUUCAUGGUGCACUUGGAGAAGACUUUCUGCAAAGAUGGAGGCUUGAUGUGAGAGUCGGCUGGACUCACGAUCGUCAGUACACACCACACAUUUUGCUCUGAAUGUUAAAUAUCAUCACACACAGUAUGUGCAUGUGUACAGCAGACACAUACACACAGAUAGACCUUAAGAGAUGCAUAUGUGAAUACACACAUGCAUGAAGACACACACACUAACACACGCGCACACACACGCUUAUAACAUACAACUUACAUACAACCACUUAACUUUUUUAAUGUGAAUCUUAAUGUUUACAGUGGACAGAACGACUGAGAGACAGGCAGCAGGUGAAGAGACACUUUUUAGCUGCAGCAUCCCAUAAAGGCCAGUGGACGUUUUCUCUCACAGUGGUUAGGACAGGGCCGUUGCUCCAGACGUCUUCCGAUUUUGUCUUCCAUCCAAGACAGACGGGUAGAGGGACAUAGAGACCAACCGUAAGAGCAGCUGAAGAGCAACCAAGGUCAGGCAGUAGUUUCUCCUUCCACCCCGGCCCUCUUGGAGACAUCUCACCUAGCUCUUUCAGCAACAUUGACAUUGGAAGCCAGAUACAACUGUUCAGCCGUAUCAUCUGCAGCAUCCAGCUCUUUUGAAUAAUAGAAAUAGCUAUAAAACAGCUCAAAUCAUCCACAGGCAAUGCUCACAUAUAGAGGAAAACACAUCUUCUACACAAAUGACAAUCACAGUCAAAUCGGCUGGAGUUUUGUCAUGGAUUUGAAAUUCUAUCUUAAAAAAUUGAACGAAAAAGCUGAAUGGUAUUGUCAUGUGGGAACAGUGAGGCCUCCAACUUUGACAAUUAUUCAAUUGUUGAUUUAUCAUUGUUUAUAAAUAAUGCAACUCAAACCCUGCAGUCUCACAAGGACAAAAACGGUACCGGAAAAAAGUCAGACACACUGCGGCUGAACCCGUUCCCCUCUCCACUCAUAUUAUAAUGUCGAAAGUGCCAACUGAAUUACCACAUGGACAUCUGUAACACCUGGAUUAUGAACAUCACAGACUGGGUCCUUAAAUAAUGGGCCUCGAGUUCACCGUUUUCUCUGGUCCCCCCAAAAACAAGGACAUCUAAAAUUAGAAGUAGAUCCUCUGUUUCUGUUUUGUUCUAUUCAGAAAAUCAAGGAGUCCUUCUAGAAACAAGGCUAAACAUGUUGCAUUUGUGUUGCGAUAACUGGACAAAACAUUUGAGGCCUUCUCCAUCAACAGAGGAAACAUUUUUGUGGGGAAAACAGCGGCUGCUCUCGAAAAGACAGACUAACAGAGCUUUUCCCUUUUCCAAACUGAUAUCAAAGUCCACCGUCCACCUUCCUCCGCCAGUUAUCUUGAGCGGUUUUAUCGGUCGCUCUGGAGGACAGAAACAACAUGUUGUGUGUUUGCAUGAGGUGUUUCCAAAACUGUCGCGUAUUUAAUCUCAUGCUGCGUGUGACUAACUAGCUACUUAAAAAUGGGAACUGUUUGGUUUGUCGAAUGCUCCUCAGCUCUCUUCAAAGAGUCCUAAAUGUGAACUUUGUGAUUUUUUUCUAUAAAUAACAGUCGUAAAAUGUCCGUCGAGUAACGGAGGAAAAAUAGCUACGACAGUGUAAAACACACACAAAAUGUAACUUUGAACUUCUAGACGUUUUUUAAUAACAUGUGGCCGUGUUUACUGUUUUUUCUAGUUGACUACUAAUGUAUGAUGUUGUGUACAAGUGGGACUACUAUGUUUAAUUUCUUCUAAUUGUACAGUUAUUUGAAAGGAGAGAGUAAGAGGAGAAUGGGAGGAAAGAGAAUUAGUUGCACUAUAGUCUACGAUAUUUUCAUUAAACGUUCUGUCACGUCAGUCCAUAAUUAACAUGUAUUAAUUUAUAUAAAAGUUGAUAAACACACAUUACUUUUUAAUAAACUAAAUCACUUCAACUGUAAUGUCUUUUUGGAAAUUUCAAAUCAGCAACUGUGAAAAGGGUCACACGUCUGUAAUUAAGAGACUUUAUUGAAAAAGAUGGUUGUUUAAGUCAUUAGCAAAUUGCACUAUUUGAAUUGAAAGUGUAGUUAAUUUAUUUGUCUUAAUGUGAUUAGAUCAAUUAAAAAUUACUUGGCAUUGUGGAAUAUUGACCUAAACAGAAGGCAUUUCAGAUUUAUGAUGUGACCCCACUAAGUGUGUGUGUGUCUUUGUGGGUGUGUGUGUGUGUGUGAGACCACGGGAUAUUAUUUAUUGUGUCUUGGUGAACUCAACGACUCUUAACCCAGAAACUCCUGAGUAAUGACCUGCUCUGAACUCAACACACAUUUCAACUCGAGGAAGAACCCAUUGAGGAUUGUAUUAUGACUAAAAACAAAAUUAGCAUUUUAUGAAUUGAAUUCAGAUUUGUUAGCUUUCAUCAUCCCUAUCCCUAAUUAAAGAAGAUUACUUUUUAGGGACUGAAAGUAUUGCCAAUGGUGCUUGUUCAAUUGGUUUAUAUGGGAAUAUAGAUGUAAAUGGGAAAUAUGUAUUAAGUUAAUAAUUUGCACUACAUGAUUACGCACAAGCUAAAUAAGUGUUUGGUACCCACGAAUGAACCCUGAGGCACUCCAACCAGCUUAGCUUCUUAAUUUAGCAACCUGGUGCUAAUUGUAGAGAGUGUAAAUGCAUGAGUUUCACGCUUUGUAAAAGUGCAUUUGCUUUCAUUUAAUCUGCGAUUAAUAUAAGUCAGCUCUCAGAAUGCAAUAACACAUAAUCCUGAUACAUCAAGAAACAACCCCACUGUCAGUGCUCUAAUGCAGGAUUAUGCUGCUGGUACUAACUGC